UGUGUGGAGGCCUCCCGCGAUGCUCUAGUUUGGAGCUCGGAGGAAAUGUGUUGAUGCCGAGCUCGAGGCCUUUUGCUCUCUGUGCCACACUGAUCGCAGCCAAUUCCUCGGAGGAACUGAACUCGCUACCCGAUUGAGCUCCACUGCAUCGUCUUCCUUCCUUUAGAAUCGACUUUUUGAGGUCUUAAUUGCGGGCCGGCUCGGAAUUUUUCAGCGUAGACAAUUGCCGUAGCUUGAGCAGGCAGCGGGGUUUUAGUUGCGAGAGCUGGUAUUUCUGUGCUCUCGGCGUCGAAAUCGUGGGAAGCCACCGACCUAAGCGAAUGCGCGAGGCGUCGGCCUCUGUGUCAUCACUCGUUGCACAUAAAGUCUCUUGACGUAGCAUGCGAAGUCAUGGUUAGGGUUUCUUGAUGAAUACUCUCUUGGUUUGAGUUUUAUUUUAUUUUUUUCCUGAAUUGCAUGAUGAGAUCGAAUUUGAGAACCACCUUUGCUGUGGUUUCUCGUGUUCGAAACUAAUGCUCAUCUUUUCUUGAGCCUAAGUGGCUCGUAUCCGGCAUUGGAAGUGUAGUUCAUUACGUGCAGGGAUGACGAGUGUGGAAACGCUUGUCAGAAUGCAAUUCGGUUUGUUAAAUAAAGAGAUUUGGAGUUCAUCGGUCAGAAAGUAUGGCAGUUCUCAAUGUAGAGCUGGUGAAGUGCCGCGAACGGAAUUGUCCAAGGUAACUGCUCGGUUUCAGUUCAGUCAUGCAACCGGCAAUGAUGAAUUCCGAGCGGGUGCAAAUGAAAGGGAUUACAGGAAUUAUGUUCCAAAGGUUGACGACUUGACUGGAUUCAAGUCGAAUGUGUCUGCUGUUCCUACCACUUUGCAAACCAAGUCGAAGAAACCGUCGAGUGUGAGAGGUUUCAGAGGAAACCUGUUUCUGGACGGUAUUGAGGGGCGUGAAAAUGUAGUUAAGUAUAUGGAUCAUAGUAUUGACCUGGACGCAAUUUUGGAGUCAUUGAAAGAAUCUAGUACCGAAGAAGAAAUGAAAGCUAUUAUGGCUCAGUGGAAGGGGAAGCUUUCUCAAAGAUUGAUGAUGAGCUUGUUAAAGCAGGAACGUGACUGGCAACGCUCUCUGGCCCUUCUCGAUUGGAUGUUGGAAGACGGUGGCUACAAACCCUCCACUUUUGGCUACAACAUUGUGAUAAGAAAUGUGCUUAAAGCGCGGAGGUGGACGUUAGGAGAAGGUCUGGUGAGCGAGAUGACGGAGAAAGGAGUUGUUCCAGACAAGUAUACGUACUCUUCUCUCAUAAGUGCGUUUGGCAAGGCCGGGAAAUUUGAAUCUGCCGUGAUGUGGUUGCAGAGGAUGGAGGAGAACGGUGUCCGACCUGACCUUGUGAUCUACAGUACUGUAAUUGAGCUUGCUGGGAAGCUGAAGAAUUUUCCGAAAGCCGUUUCUUUGUUUACAAAGAUGAAGGAAGCAGGUUCUUCCUAAACCUAUCAACCAUUCGAUAUGCUUGGCUACAACUCCAUGAUAAAUCUAUUUGGCAAGGCAAAAUUGUAUCACGAGGCUGAGGGCAUUCUUGCGGAGAUGAAGGACAAAGGGCUGGAGCCUGAUACGGUCACAUAUACUGCUCUGAUAAAUGCAUAUGCGGAAAACAAAAUGUACAAAGAAGCGAGAGGUGUGUUCUUGGAUAUGCGUGCGAAAGGCUGUCCCCCGGAUCUUACUUCAUACAAUAUAAUGAUAAAUGUCUAUGGAAAGUUAGACCUGGUAAAGGAAGCCGAAAGCCUCUUCUGGCAAAUGAAGGAAACGAGAACCGUUCCCAGUGUUGUCACCUUCAAUACUUUAAUCAAUGUAUACGCGGAUGCACGAAUGGCUGAGGGAGCGUUACGAAUUUACCGUUUCAUGCAUAGCAAAGGGUAUUUGCCCAACAUUGUCACGUACAAUACCAUCAUCAAGAUGUGGUGUAACGGAUAUGACAUUCAGAAAGUUACGAAUGUGCUUCAGCAAAUGCAAAGAAGAGGAAUUGCACCCAAUGGGACGACGUACAGCCAAUUGAUAGCAUUUUAUUGCAAAAUAGGAAAGUUCGAUCGGGCAGCGACUUUAUUUCAGAAUCUGCGGAUACAAGGAUUUCCCAUGGAUUGGGUGCUGUAUCAUUCUAUGAUAGUAGCAUAUGAAAAGGGUGGAUUAUUGGGGCAUGCACGGCGACUUCUCGAGGAACUGAAGAUACCAGGGCAUGUGCCCCGUGAUACAGCCAUAAAUGUCAUGGCUCUGGCCGGAAAAGUGGACGAAGCUGCAAAAUUAUUUUGGCGUGCAGAAAAUGCAGGAGAGGUUAAGGAUAUCUCAGUCUACCAGAACAUGAUCAAGGCCUUCAUGGGAGAAAGAAAAUUGCCAUCAUCUGCUGUUAAGGUGUACGAGAUAAUGAGACAUAGAGGAUUAUUUCCAGACUCUGAUACAGCGCUUUUGAUUUUGAAGGCUUACGGUGAUUUGGACUUACUACCCAAAGCGGAAAGUGUUUACAAGGAACUAAUAGAAAUAGGACUAGUAUUCAGGGAGGAGGUUCACUUGAAAAUGUUGGAGUUGUAUGGGCAUUUUAGAGAGCUGGAAUCAGCUAAAUCCUUAUUCAUGAAGUUGAAAGAUGAGCGGGUGGUCCCUGAGAAGACUCUUCGUUUAUCUCUGGCCCGUGUUUAUGAGAACAACAAUAGGCUGGAUGAUGCCUCAAAAAUCAUUCAAGAAUUAAAGAUGGAAGAAGCCUGAUUUACCCGGACCUUUCGAUGCACCUUAUGGUGAAGUACAGAUCCUAAAGUAAUGCUCUGGCCAAUGGAGCAUAACAUUGCACAGCUUACGGCGUCUAUCAUGGAUUCAUACUUCCGCCAUUCGGUAAUUUCUUUGAGCCUCUCUGCUCACAAGAGUCUGCUUCCACAGAACUUCGUGUACUCAUCAGGAUCGGGCAGUACACCCAAGUAAUGUUAAUCUUUACAUUCCAAAUAUUUGGAGUCUAUUCCGUUGCAUAUGAUGUUUUGCUAGCAGAUUAGGGGUCAAUUACAAGAACUUGGUGAGACAUGGAACUCAAGAAUAUCUUAAAAGUUCAAUCGAGACUCCGAAAGAUAGCCGCGGGGUGCUUCUCACUUUAGCAAUGCUGAGUUUAAAAAAUACAGGUUUUGUGGACUUUUAUAUCCAUAUGUUCCAUCAAGGUCCCUCUAAUCUGGUCCUGUUACACAAUUGCAGCAUUUUGUCUUGGGUUUAAAUCACGCUGAGUUUGCUUUGAAGAACUGCAGUUCACUGAUUAUAAGUUCUUAUCCUCAACUUGA